AUGGUCAUUCUCUCUCCCUCUACACGUCCCGAAUGGGAUCUACGACAGUCUGAGCUAUGGGCCGAGUCUUGUGCACACAAGGAUACCUACUUCGAGCGUGUCGGAGACUUUGACAUUUACCUUCAUCCUUCCGUGCUCUCCCCCAAAUACUUCCCGGAGACGCUUUGGUUCGGCGAGAAUCUUCCCCACAUUGUUCAAGGGAAAUCAUUCCUGGAAGUUGGUCUCGGCUCAGGGCUCGUCUCCCUCCAUCUUGCCGCUUCGGGCUCUGCGGUUGCUGGGGUGGACAUCAACCACAAGGCCGUGGAGAUCACCAAGAAGAAUUUCGAGUCCAACGGUCAGAUUGGUCAGUUUGUUGUUAGUGACGUUUUCGAAAACGUCACUGAUAAAUAUGACUUUAUUUUCUGGAAUCACCCCUGGGCGUGGGACGGGUCGCUACAGGCCGCAGACGAAAAGUUGGAGAUGUUCUUGGACGAGGGAUACGUUGUGCUGAAGCGCUUCAUCUCUCAGUCCAAGAACCACUUGACCGAAGGCGGUUCGGUGCUGCUGGGAACAGUCCCUUACGCCAACUUGAGUCUUGUGGAAGAGAUUUGUGCAGCCUGCGGGUAUACUCAGGAGAUUGUUCGAGAGGGACUGGGCGAUUUGGGUAAUGGCGUCACUGAGCAGUAUUACAUUAUUCAAAUACGACCACAGUAA